UUCUGCAAAAAAACUGCUCUCUCUCCCUUUCUCUCUCUGCAAUCUCUCUUCGCCAUAUCCAUUUUCUGAUCUACUUUCUUCCAGCAAUUGAUUGCCAUUUGACUCUCCGUCUCUGUAUCUCUAGCCUGCAACUGAAGAACUGGUAAUCUCACUGGUUCUUCGAUUUCAGGCUCAUUACAUUAUACAUACAUAUAUAUAUAUACACGCAAUAGAUACAUUUUGUAAAUAUAUGUAUGUAUAAUCCAAUUUAGAGAAAAAAUACGUUGAGAAAAUGGCGUGUGUAGCCGAUCGUGCUGAUAGCAUCGAUACAGAUAAAUUGAGCUACGAAAUUUUCUCAAUUUUGGAGAGCAAAUUCCUGUUUGGCUACGACGAUCCAAAGCUCUGGCUGCCGAAGCCGAUUCCGGAGCCUAAAAACGGCGUCGGCGAGGCGGAAAUCCACGCGAUUAAGAAUCAGAGGGGGAAAAUACGCAUUCUGAGCGUCGACGGCGGCGGCGGUGGCGGAAUGCGAGGCGUCAUUCUCGGCAAGGCGCUGUCGUAUUUGGAGGCGGCGCUGAGGAGCAAAUCCGGCGAUCCGAACGCUAGAAUCGCCGAUUACUUCGACGUCGCCGCCGGCACCGGCGUGGGCGGGAUAUUCACGGCGAUGCUCUUCGCCGCGAGCGAUCAGAGCCACAGCCGCCCGAUUUUCCGCGCCGACGACACGUGGAGGUUCCUCGCCGCCGAGGGGAGCAAAUUCCGCCGCCCGCGGCGACGGAAAAUCGGUCUAUUGAAGCGAGUUUUCGGCCGGAGCGCCUCCGCCGGCGCGUCCAGCGCCGGCCUGGAGAGAGCGAUGAAGGAGGCGUUCAAGGAUCGGAAAACCGGACGGAGUUUGACGCUGAAAAACACGAUAAAACCGGUUUUAAUCCCUUGCUACGAUUUGGCCAGUACGGCGCCGUUUCUGUUCUCGAGAGCUGCCGCUUUGGAGUCGGAUAGCUUCGAUUUUAAUCUGUGGGAGGUGUGCCUCGCCACGUCAGCUGAACCGGGUUUAUUCAACCCGGUUCGCAUGGAAUCGGUGGACCGGAAGACGCGGUGCGUUGGCGUCGACGGUGGACUGACGAUGAGCAAUCCGACGGCGGCGGCGAUUACGCACGUGCUGCAUAACAAGCAGGAGUUUCCGUUCGUGCGAGGGGUGGAGGACAUUUUGGUACUUUCACUCGGUGCGGGAGGGCAGCUGACGGAGAGCGCCUUCGAUUACGAGCAGGUUCGGAAAUGGACGGCGGAGGAUUGGGCUCGGCCGUUGGCUCGGAUUUCCGGCGAGGGGUCGGCGGAGCUCGUCGACCACGCGGUGGCGAUGGCCUUCGGCCAGUGCCGGAGCAGUAAUUAUGUGCGAAUUCAGGCCAACGGAUCGAGUUUCGGUAGGUGUGGGCCCCACAUUGACUCAGACCCGAGUCCGAGCAACAUAGGCCUACUGACUGGAAUAGCGGAUGAAACUCUGAAACAGAAGAACGUCGAGUCCGUCCUAUUUGGAGGCAAGAGGCUCGGAGAGCAGAGCAACUCAGAGAAGCUCGACUGGUUCGCCGAGCAGCUGGUCUUGGAGCACCAGCGGAGGAGCUGCCGGAUAGCCCCAACAGUCGUGCUGAAGCAGCCCAUCUCGAGACCAUCUUGACCGAUCUCCGCAACGUGACAUACAACAAAUUGGGAGCAAGGGAAAAAAAACUGGCAAAGGUGUUUGAAACUAGGUAUAGAAUACCAAAAAAAAAAAAGAAAUGGAAGAAGAAAAGUGAUGAUGAUAGUGGCUUGAACAUUUCUUUGGAUUGGUGGGGGAUGUAGUUGAGGAAGUGGGGUAAUGUGUGAAGAAGAAUUUCAGCUGUAGUGGAGAGAGAGGGAGAGAGAGAGAGAGAGUCAAAGACAGAGACAAAGACAAAGUGGUGGAUCUUUGUGGGAUUCUUUGCCGGCCAGCGGCGGGGGUGGUGUUGCCGCCACUCCCACGGUGGUCAAACAAACUGUUUUUUUCACUAUUCACUUUCUUUGUAUUUUGUCUUUGAAGAAAGUGUAAUAUAUAAUUACUUAUUAAUUUUCCCUUAUUACUCACGUUGAUUGCAAUUA